UGCUUGAAAAGCCAAUAUACUACUUCCUUCUAUAUAAUAUUAUGCUUGCCAUUUCAAUAAAAGUUGGACGUAGCUUUUCUAAUGAGAUAUUAAAAUAGCUUGACUUGAAAAUGACUGCAUAACAGAUCUAGAUUGUUCUGCAAGAGCUUAGCGUCUGUUGAAGUGAUAUUUUGUUUAGUUUAUCUCCAGAUCUCAUCUUUACUUUGAAGAUAAGACAUGGCUUCCUCUAACUUCCUUGUUUACGCGCCGGUCACUUUGGCAGUGGUUGGAUCUGCUUUAGGUCAGUCUCCGACAGCCUUUCCGACGUCUGUACCGAAGAAAGCUUCGACUCCAGUUGUAUCUCCGGCCGCCACUCCGAAGUCUUCGUCUGCAACGCCUCCUACCGCAUCUACUCCUACUCAGUCCCCUCCAGUCACCGCGUCACCACAGUCCUCUCCGUCGUCCCCUGGCAUCACUUCUGCUCCCACCACGGGCCUGGGUCCAAGCGGUGUAACUCCUUCAACAAUCGAAUCUCCUAGCGGUUCACCUGCUCUCGCGCCGGGUGCUAACAGCGCUCCCACUUUGAACAGAGUCGCACUUGCUGGAUCUGCAGCGGCAACUUUCCUCGCCGCCUCACUACUGUUCUAAACUCUCAGAUCUGCGGGAUGACGGAGCCUCCUGUCACGUUCGCUGGAUCUGACGAUUUAGGCUUUUUUCACUUAGCUACAUGUUUUUUUUUUGUUUCACUUGCGUUUAUUGCUCCGGCUUUGAGCGGUGGCGGUGUUUAUCGGUGGCGAUUGAGGGGAGAGUGGGUACAUUGAUUGACCUCGAUUCGUUGUUGACUUAUUGUUAAUCAUUGUUACUAUUUGUGAUGAUAUCUACUACUGCUAUAUUAUUUUUAUUACCAUACUGUUAUGAAAAUUUCAUUAUAUUCUAAAAAAAAAGAAAAAAGAAAAUGAUUGCAUAAAUAUUUUAUUGCUACACAUGUCCACUGCCUACAUGUUAAGUAAAUCAAUAUUAUUUCCUUAUAUGAUGAUUCGUGAAUCAUGAGUCAAUUUACUCAUAUUUGAGAACGAAUAUGAAAGAGCUACUAGAAGGAAAGUAAUUCAAAUAAUAUCAAGGCAAGUUCCAAGUAUGGAAGCUCAAUUACUCAAGGAAAGAGACACCAACGGACAAAUCAAAGUGGCUUAUAUAUUCGAGAAUCAAGAGGAAGAAGUGUGUGCUUGAGAGAGUAAUCAAAAGGAGAAAGAGUUGUAAAGGGUUAUCAAGUUCAAGGCACCUGAACCUACACAUGGAGUUCUAGAUAGAGUUUCUUUUCCUUUCUUUAUCUUGUAAUUUGGUUUCGAGGAAUAGCUAAGAGUAGCUUCCUCGGUUUGGGAUCGUGUGUGUGAGAGAGCUUUGUUUUAAAGCUGAGAUGCUAUCUACCCGCAAGGUAGAGAUGCAUAACUCUUCCUAGAGAGGAUAGAGUUGGGGUGGCUCAAGGGUAGAUUAGGAGAAUUUACCUUGUAACCACAUUUUGGCUAUUUAGUGAAGUUGUUCAAAUUCCUUCAAGGGAGGUCGAAGUUUUUUAAUCCCUAUGAGCCAAG